UCGUGAUCUCUGCAUUCAGUUCCUGUUUAAGGCGUUUGUGUCCCAUUGUGUCACUGUGUCCGGUUACAGCAGUGGGAGAAUCCACCUGCAGUGGGCACAGAUAGUAUUGGAUACGAUGUAUCUCUUAUCACUGAGCCUCCUGCUGACCCUGUACACGCUCAGUACUGCUCUGGACAACGGCUUAGUGAAGACCCCACCAAUGGGAUGGAUGACGUGGGAACGAUACAGAUGCAUCACAGACUGCAAGAAUGAUCCAGAUAACUGCAUAAGUGAAAAUUUAAUAAAAGCCAUGGCAGACCGAAUGGUUUAUGGUGGCUGGAGAGAACUUGGAUAUGUGUAUCUGUCAAUCGACGACUGCUGGUCUCUAAAACAAAGGGAUUCUCAGGGAAGACUCCAACCUGACCCAGACAGGUUCCCAAGUGGCAUAAAGGCACUUGCUGACUAUGUUCACUCCAAAGGACUGAAGCUGGGUAUAUACAGUGAUAUGGGUAAUUAUACCUGUGGUGGCUACCCUGGAACCACUCUCGAAACUAUCAAGAUUGAUGCCGACACAUUUGCAUCGUGGGAAGUCGAUAUGUUAAAAUUUGAUGGUUGCUACUCAAAUUCCACGGAGAAAGCCAUAGGAUACCCUAAAAUGAGCGUGGCUUUAAACGCAACAGGAAGACCUAUCCUGUAUUCCUGUAGUUGGCCAGCCUACGAGGGAGGCCUCCCACCUCAGGUAAACUACACCCUACUUGGGAAUAUCUGUAACAUGUGGAGAAAUUACGGCGACGUUCAGGACUCCUGGGACAGCGUACUUUCUAUAAUGAAGUGGUACGCUGCGAAUCAGGAUGUGUUGCAGCCGGCUGCUGGCCCGGGACGCUGGAACGAUCCUGACAUGCUGAUCACUGGGGACUUUGGGUUGAGCUACGAACAGUCUAAAGUCCAGCUGGCGAUCUGGGCGAUUCUGGCAGCUCCACUUAUCAUGUCCAAUGAUUUAAGAACAAUCUCUGAAGACGCCAAGGACCUUUUGCAAAACCGCCUUCUCAUCCAUAUCAAUCAGGAUUCUCUAGGAAAGCAGGGGAGACAGGUUUUAAAGGUCGGACGGCUGGAGGUGUGGAAGAGGGAGAUGGUGAAUGGUCAGUAUGCGGUGGCGAUAGUUAAUACGGGGGAUGAUGGGAUUCCUAAACCCAUCGCUACAUCGCUCGGCAUGCUGAACAUCACCCAGUGUCCUGCUGGCUACAAGCUGUAUGAUGUGUUUGAAAAAGAGUUCCUGGGAUACUUCAAAUCAAACACGUUGAUUAACCUGAAAGUCAAUCCAACCGGCACCGUCAUGCUUUUCAUCCACCCAGCCUCUGUGCCGCAUCAUGGCCACAGAAAGUAUUUUGGUGUCAUGUAAAUAUGCCAGUCUCCAUAUAAAGGGCAUUAUGGAUGGCGGUAUCACCUGUGCGUCACGCCUUUCAUUUCAUGCGGUACAUUAAUAUGUUUUGAGACACUGGGGUAAGCAGCGGACUCAUAUACAAUGCUGGCAUAUGAAGGUUAGGAUGUAAACUCGCGCCGUCUCCAGUCCUUUCUGUGACUCCAGAUCACUUUGUGCCUUUCUAGAAGUUUGCCUCACUUUGGAUUAUGAUACUUGAAAAUAAAUUCCAAUAUAUGAUGCUGUUACUGUUUUUUGAUCAACUAAAAAAUGUUUACCGUUAUUUGUGAUGUCUUUACUGGAAGAUCAAAAAAUCUAGAGUAUUAGAUUAAAAAUCUUAGAUUAAAGAAUGAUCACUGUAUUCACCAUCUAGCCAUGUGAAAAAUACCUAAUUUGAAAUAUUUAAAGCUGUUCAUCCAGCUGAAAUAAUGCUGCUUUUUGCUAAACUAUCAGAUGCCUUCGUUGGUAGAUAAUGUGGGUUUCUUUAAACAUGUCCUGUUACAUUUAAUUUUCAGAAACGUUGUUGAUAUAAUAAUAAUUAAUUCUAUAAAGAUGUGUCAUUUGCCUCA